GCCAUUUAGAAAGUACUAGUGAGUGCUUUCAGUUCAGGUACGCAAUUACAGAGGCCAUGGCGACCAGCCUGCUUACAUUAGCUCUUCUUUCCCUGCACCUUCUCUUCUCCCCUGCCUCUACAGCUGAAACCAUCUCGGCAAACUCCUCCAUCACCGAUGGUCAGACGCUUGUUUCAGCCGGUGGAGUGUUUGAACUCGGAUUCUUCACCCCGCCGAUCUCGACGUCGAGGUUCUUGGGCAUCUGGUACAGGGACAUCGCCCCUCUCACCGUCGUUUGGGUCGCCAAUAGGCAAGUUCCGAUCACCGGCAUCGCAGCAAGUUUGGUCAUCAACGGCACCGGCAGCCUGGUGCUCACCGACCGGUCAGGACGCGUGUUCUGGUCAUCUGCGCCGUCGAACGUAACUGGCAGCAGCAAUCCGGUGGCCCAGCUCCUGGACAGCGGCAACUUCCUGCUUCAAGACGCCAAUGGCACCGGGGCGGUUCUGUGGCAGAGCUUCGACUACCCGUCCGACACUCUGCUCCCGGGCAUGAAGUUCGGCUGGGACCUGACCACGGGGCUCGACCGGCACCUGACUACGUGGGCGAGCUCCAGCGACCCGUCGCCUGGAGACUACACGUUCGAGAUCGACGUCCGCGGCGUGCCGGAGGGGUUCAUCUGGUACAACGGCACGGCGCCGGUGUACCGGAACGGGCCGUGGAACGGCCUGCGGUUCAGCGGCGAGCCAGAGAUGGAGCCCGACAACGGCAACUUCCGGUUCGAGUUCGUGGCCAACCGGACCGACGCCUACUACACGUUCCUGCUAGACGGCGGCGGCAACGACAAGGUCAUCUCCAGGUUCGUGCUGAACCAGUCGAGCCUGCAGCGCUACGUGUGGUUGCAGCAGCAGCAGGCGUGGAGCCUCUACUGGUCGCUGCCCAGGGACCAGUGCGACCGCUACGCCCAGUGCGGCGCCUACGGCGUCUGCGACGCGACCGCCUCGCCGAUAUGCGGCUGCGCCGCCGGGUUCACGCCGGCCUCGCCGCGGGAGUGGGCGCUCAGGGACGGCUCCGCCGGGUGCGCGCGCACGACGCCUCUCAACUGCACCGGGGACGGGUUCCUGCCGCUGCGCGGCGUCAAGCUGCCGGACGCGACGAACGCGACGGCGGACGCCAGCGUGAGCCUCGAUCAGUGCAGGCAGAGGUGCCUGGCCAACUGUUCUUGCCUGGCGUAUUCUGCUUCCAGCAUCAAGGGAGGCGAGAGCGGCUGCAUCGUCUGGACCUCGCCGCUGAUCGACAUCAGGCAGUUCCAAUCCGGCGGGCAGAAUCUGUUCAUCCGUCUCGCGGCAUCCGAUUUACCUUCCAGUAGUGACAAUUCCAAAAGGAAAAACACAGCCCUUGCUGUUCUCCUUAGCUUAUCCGGUCUUCUCCUUUUCGGGUUUGGUGGGUUGUUCAUAUGGACUAAGUUCUUCCGAAACAAAGGGAGGUUUCAGAGCACACGGCGGCUCGCCUCAUUUGACUCCAGUAACCCACUUUAUCCAGUCCAAGCCAGAAACAUGGAAGAUGAAUCCAGUCAGAGCAAUGGACUAAUGGACGUCACUCUGUUUGACAUGGCCACAAUUUCCUUGUCCACUGCCAACUUUGCGACGUCGUCGAAGCUCGGGGAGGGCGGCUUCGGCGCGGUCUACAAGGGUGAACUCGGAGGAGGGCAGAUGGUCGCGGUGAAACGGCUUUCCAAGUACUCGACGCAGGGCUUGGACGAGUUCAAGAACGAGGUGAUGCUCAUCGCGAAGCUCCAGCAUGUGAACCUCGUCAGGCUCUUGGGUUGCUGCAUCCACGGGGAGGAAAGGAUCCUGGUGUACGAGUACAUGGAGAACAAGAGCCUCGACAUGUUCAUCUUCGAUAAAGCUCGAUCGGCGCAACUGAACUGGUCGAAGCGGUUUGACAUCAUACUGGGUGUUGCACGCGGGCUUCUGUACCUGCACCAGGACUCGAGGUUCAAGGUCAUUCACAGGGACCUCAAGGCCGGCAACAUCCUCCUCGACGGUGACAUGAACCCUAAGAUCUCGGACUUCGGUGUGGCGAGGAUCUUCGGCGGCGAUGGCGCCGACUCACACACGAGAAGGGUGGUCGGAACUUAUGGGUACAUGUCCCAAGAGUACGCCAUGGAUGGCAUCUUCUCAGUCAAGUCAGACGUGUUCAGCUUUGGUGUGCUGGUCCUCGAGAUCGUCAGCGGCAGGAAGAAUCGGGGAAUGUACGGCAGCGCCGAGCAGACGAGCCUCCUUAGCCACGCAUGGAAGCUGUGGAGGGAGGGCAACGUGCUUGCGCUGCUGGACGAGUUGGUGGCCCGCGAGUGCAGGGAUUCAGAGGCGGCGUUGCGGUGCCUGCAGGUUGGCCUGCUGUGCGUGCAGGAGCGAUCAGAGGAGCGGCCACACAUGGCGACGGUGUUCCUGAUGCUGAGCAACCAGAGAGCGGUGAUGCCGCAGCCGAGGCACCCGGGAUAUUGCAGCGACCGGGGAUCAGCCUCAACCGAUGGCGAGUACUCAUCAACAAGCACCGUGAACGACAUCACUGUUACCGUCGUAGAGGGUCGUUGACGCCGUGUGGCCUUGGUGACUGAUGCUGGAGGGUUUGCUACUCUAGCUAGUAAUGCAGUGCCACAGUUCCACAAACAAGAACAGUUCCAAAUUUCUAAUCAAUGGAUGAAGCAGAAUACUAAACAAGGAUAAACAAAAAAAAACAGAAGUAAAAUACAGAUAAACAUGGUGUCGUAAAUAUCAUAGAGUUCUAUAAGUUUUGAAGUGGACUGUCGGUAGAGGUCAGGACAUAUAUACAGAAACUCAGAGAGUAUGUAUAUGAAGGUUUUUUCAGCUUUACUCUGCGGUGUGUAUCUGACACUUCACCUAAACUCCCACAAGAUCUGUGUGGUGCCUGAGUUUGAGUCUAACAUUUGGAUGAUACAUACCAUGGAUCUUCUCUUGCACGUCAUUGUUUAGUGGAGAGUGAGGGCACGCCGUAAUCUUGACACUUGCAAGCUGCGGUGCCCUACAUAUGAAUACUAGUUGCCUUAGGAAUUCCAUCUGGUCGUCUGCUCCGGUGAAUGAUUCGAUUUCAACCUCUUCAAGUGAAUCAAGGGUAAUGGUGUCUGCCCUGCAACUCUCUGGUGUGCGGCAUGCACAAGACAACGGGCAAGGACGACGUUUCUGGAAAAUAAGUAGAUUCAGUAUUAGACAAGGCUAAUAACAACUCUUGUGAAUGUUGUAAAAAUGUGUACCGUAAAUUUGUAUUGUACAAUUAUUUACAUGCAUGCUACGGGGUGUUUUCCCAGAGAGAUAGUACUGUAAAUUUGUAAUGCAAAUGCAUAAGAAAUUGUGCAUGUGAAGUGGUUUGGUUGCCAAUGCUUUCAAUUUUAUUGCAAUGUUUCACAAGUUGUAUAUUUUUUGGAACAAUCAUACAGAUUUAUGCUGCAUA